AUGGACCUGGACUACUGGAACGUGGAAGACAUUAUCACGGAGAGCCAGCGACUUCCAUGUGUAUUUAACGUGGAUGUGCCUGGGUUAGGGUACCUUGAGGAUUCCGGCGAGGCCGACAUGCACAAACAUGCACGCGUCGAAUUGGCGUACUGGAUGGCACAUUUCAACAUUGUAACGAUUCAACAGCCGCGAGCGUAUGGACCCCGUGUCCGUUCAGCGCUGGAUGCCUCGCCUGUUGCCGUGCAGCUAAGGACAUUGCUACCGCAUUGGUACGCGAUGGGCAUACGGCUUGCGCAACUACUUGACUCGGAGGACUUGCGCGCUGCGCUGUACAAAACAUACAUGGGCCGUUUGGCACGAAUCUAUGAGCUCUCUAUUUUGCUCGCAGGCUCGCGGAGCAGCGCGUCGGAAAUCGCAGCAAAAUCGUCGGACCCCACCUUGACAACAGAAAUGCAGGCGUUUCUGCAAGGGUUGGACGAUAGUGAGACAGCACUGCUUUCCGCUGGGCAGGUCGCCUGUCGGACGAUGCAAGCGUAUCUCACGGAUAGUAACUAG